GACAAUGACGGUGGCACCUCUCUGAAAAGGAAGAGGUCCCAGACCGUCGACACCGACGAAGACGAGGAAGAAGAGCCCCGGAAACUACGCCGGGCACCAAACCUCCGUGACGUGCGCGCCAUCGAAACUGCGGUGGAUGUGCUGGCACGGAGGCUGGUCAGCCAGCGCACCCGUCGCGAAAUCGACGAAGAAAACGGAAGUGCGAUGCACAUCCUGCAACAGUGCGCGUUCCACUGUCGACACUUCCGCAACAGAAUUUCAGCUCCUGGCACCGCAGAGGGCUGCAUCGAGCUCGAUGCUGCUGUGGUGGCUCGAGCUCUCGAAGAAUACGAGAACUUGGAGGACCUCUGA